GUCGGUAUCUCCAAAAGCACUAUCAGAGCACUGGUAUCACCUUCUCCCUUCUCCCCUCUCCCUCUACCAUGGCAGGCCGAAAACGCUACCGCGUAGAAGCCAUCCCCAACAAAGGCCGCGGCGUUCGCGCCGACGUCGAAGAAAUCAAGCCCGGCACCGAAAUCAUGCUCGAAACCCCUCUCUUCUCCAUCCCCGUCACCGUCCACCCCAAUGACUGGGACUCCGACGCACAGGAAGCCUGGUUCGACUCCGAGCGCUCCGGCAACACCUCCACCAUCGCCAACGCCGUCCACGCCUUUCCCCCCGCCGACCGUGCCCUCUUCGACUCCCUCUACGCCGGCGACGACCCGGACCUCACCGCCUACGACACCGACGUGGCGCGCGUCGAGCGUAACUACUUCUCGCUCCCCACCCCGGACUACACCGCCAUCCGCAUCGUCGUGUUCCGCGAAACCUGCUUCAUCAACCACUCGUGCCGGCCCAACGCCGCCGUCGUGCAGGGCGGGUGGGAAGCCGCCGCGCCCGACAACCGCGUCAUCGCGCUGACCAAGAUCCGCAAGCACGACGAGAUCACCAUCGACUACUGCACCAACGCGCAGACGUACACGACCGCGCACGACCGCGCGCAGCAGUUCCGCAACGGGCCGUACAAGUUCACGUGCGACUGCGUCAGCUGCAACGCGAACCGGCGCGAGUCGGACCGCAACCGCGCGGAGAUGCUGUUGAGGAGGAAGCAGCUGGCAUUGGCGGAGCCGGCGAAUGGGGAGGUGCCGAAGAUGGCGGUGCCGAUGGCGCCUAGGAAGGUGACGGGCGCGCUGGAGUGGCCGCCGACGGUGCCGUUUGCGUAUGAUAAGCCGCUGAAGGAGGAGGCGGGGAAGAAGAUGAAGAACAGGGAUUGCGAGAAGAGGAUGUGGCUGGCGGAGCGGCAGUGUGAGUUGUUGGUUGCGGAGGGGAUUUUGGAUGUGAGGUUGGCGGAGGCGUAUCAUGUGCUUGCGAAAGCAUAUGUGAGAAAUGAGAAUUUUCAGAAGGCGUUGGCGGCGUGCGGGAAUGGGAUUGCGAUACUGACAGCGACGUAUGGAAGGAGGAUGCAUGGGCGGGAUCUGGAUGAGAUGGAUGAGACGUUGAGAGAGGUUUGUAGGUUGAUGCGGGAGAAGUCGAAGUGGUUUGAGUGA